AUGAUAAUUCAUCCAUUAAUAGUACUCGUUUUCUUGAUGUUUCGAAAAUUUCUGAAGUUGUUUAUGGAGCCGUGUGCCAGAAAUAUUGAAGACGAAAACGAAGAAAAAGAUUCUCCGAUAGAAAAACUGCCAGCCGAAAUGCUUGGCUUCAUUUUUUCAAAGGUACGUUUUUAUUUCAUAUUUUAUAUAGUAUUACUGUAGUAUUUUUUGAACUGGGUGAAAAACUUUUUUUGCUAUAUUCCAAAUCAUACUGUUUUUCAGCUUGAAUACGAAGAUGCUCAAAACUUCAAAAACUCGUCAACAUCUUUAUUGAAUGCCUAUAAAUCAGAACGUCGAAUGAUAGAUGGUCCAGAAUGUGAUGCUCAUGUUUAUUACAAAAACAAGGAACUUCGAUUAGUAAUAACAAUCACUCGGAAAGUUCCAUGGACAAGAAUUCUUCCAUGGAAAAGAACAGUCAAAUUGACAAAAACUAUUCCAUUGAAUCAAUGGAAAUAUUUUUUCAAAAAUGCAAAAUGCGAAAAAUUAAUUAUGACUGUAGACGAAGAAAUUCCAUUGGAGAUUUUGAGGAAAAUUUUGUGCUGUAAAUCGAUCAGAGUUUUUAGAUAUUUUGGGAAAUCAAUCAAUCAGAUGACUAUUGAUCUUAUUGCAAAAUAUCAACCUAAAAGUUUUAGAUUCACUGGAAAAGAUUGGAGUUCACAAAAGUUGGAUAUUUCCAAAUAUUCAGUCUUUAUGGUUGAAAAACGAAAACAUAUGAAUGGAUAUGAACACGUUCAUUUAAUGUGGAUAUGA